UGGGUGGCCAUCUUGGAUUCCCAAUCCCAGAUGGGUGCAGACAAGUGCCCAGGGGACAUCAUCACUGAGCAGGUCAGGACCAGAGGUGACAUAGUGGAGUCUGCAGUCCAUCAAGGCCUGCUGAUAUCCAGUGUUACUGGCAGGAGAGACUGGACCUCUGAGAUGGCUGGUCACAUAUCCUGUCCCGGAUCAGGACCAUGGAUCAGUAGCCAUCGCUUUUCCUUCCCGAAUCGUAACCAGGACCGAACCGGGAGGGACAGAGACUCCACCACACAGAACACAACCAGUGGACAGGUGGACUGAACAACCCCGGUCCUGGUGGUCAUCAGAGGGACAGAGGCUCCAGUCAGGGAUCCAGUCUGCAGCCCAGACUCUUCUCUUCACAGUCUCAGUGUAGGGAUGAAGCAGAUCCUGAGUCUGAUAGAGAGCAGGUCACACUGAGCUUCAGCCUUCACCGGGAGAGGUGGGAAAGCCCCUGGUGGGAGUCUAACAGGAAGUCUGUCUUCUUCCUCAGGAUCUCGUCUAAUGCCUGGUGACUGGGUUCAUUGAAGGUCUGGACCUGGGUCUAGCCUUCCACAGUUACCUCAUGGUUACCCCACCAAUACAGAUGAGUCAGGAUGGGCUUUCACCACGAGAGGUGCCUAGCCUAUAACACAGCACACAAUCCCAACAACAGCUAGAGGUCAAGGAGGGAGCUCAAAGAUUAACCACCUGAGGGUGGUGGCUCCUGCUUCUACCUCCUCUAGUGUCAUUGGGUCACAACGUAGGAGGGCGAGUGUUAGGACGGAUGGCGACAAGUCGUACGCUUGCCCUACGUGUGGGAACCGGUUCGCCAACGCAAACAAUUUGAAGGAGCACCAGACCGUUCAUACCAAGGAAAGGCCAUUUAAGUGCAAACUAUGUUACAAGCUUUUCCUUCCUGAGUAGCCUUAGACAUAGGAGUGUCCACAACAGGGAGAUUUACAAGUUGUCCGUUUCUCUCUUUUAAAAGGUUUGUAAUCAGGUCACCUUUCCGCCAAUCAGGUUUGGCGGCGCUUCCGAGAGUGUUCUGACAAGUUGGCGCAGGCACCCAUCUAGGGUUCAAGAGAGGCUGCUGGGCGGCCGGGGCUUCCACAGGGGAGCUAGGAGCUUCUUGGACCUGCUCGCCACGCUUUCGGCCACGAGCUGCUCCUUCCAGCCGGCAUGAAGAAGGCGGAGGUCGGCUGUUUGGGAGCCGACGCACCACAGGAAAGAGGCAGCUGCUUCUUUUCCUCCCCUAACUUCACGAGAUGCCCCGCUGUCUUUCUCAUGGUGUCUCCGAAGAGGCCCUUUUCAGAGAUGAGUGCAUUGAGCAAAGGGGUCUUGUCUGUCUCCUUGAUGGAAGUCAUGGAGAGCCAGAGGUGUGUCUGCGUCAUGACCAACACAGCCAUCACUUGGCCGGCGCAGACCGCCAACGCUUGAGUGAUGUGGAGAGCAGCGCUGGUGAAACAUGCCACCUCUUCAAUGCCAGCCUCUGUUGCGGAUCAUCAUUCUCCCACGUCAUCCUAUAAUAAUGUGACCACAUAUGCUCCAAGCAGGCCCAGUUAUUCAAACUUAAUAGGCGCUCUGUCUUCUCUCUGAUCUGAGCGGCUAAUCGUUGCGCACCUAGAACCCAUAACGCUUCAAUAGCCCAAAGGGGAGGGAUUCGACUGGGAGCCACCCAGUGAGUAGGCCUGAAGAUUGAUCCAGAGAGGAUGAGUUUUUACUAAUGUUGGAUUUCUUGCGUUUAUGGCCAUGGUGUUCAACUGCCCCGAUGGAGCAGAAAUCACAUUAGAUAGAUGUGAUAGUCGCAGCAGCAGAGAAAUAUUUGGGUGUUAGAGAUUUUAGUGCUAUAGAUCUAUAGGGAGUUUUGAGAGAAGGGGUUCGAUCCUCCCUGGCCUGGUGUAGGAUCGUUCAGGGCCAAAGUAGUGGGAUGGGGUGAUGGUUUUGGGGGAUAGUGUGUAGGUGCAGGGUUGGUCCAUUACUAUUUCACUUUUUUUUGUGACCAAAAAUGUGCAAUCCGCAUUCCGACCUGUGAAAGGCAGCAAUGGGCAACGUCGUCUCGUCUGCCGGAAAUUCACAAAGUAGUAAACGGAAGUGAACCGUGACCAAGAACAGUUACGUUUGCGUUUUGUUUUCAUUUAGACGUAAAUUAUAACCCUGUAACUCAAAAUAUCACAUACUUCCUCCAUGUAGUGUUUAAUUCGCGUUGGAGACAAGACUUGGUUGAUAGAUGUUAUCUAAUUAAUGCUAACAGGCUAGCCGCUAAGAAUGGCUAACUGUAAUGUAAUGGUUUUUCACACUCAAAUAGCCUCCAUCAUGGAGGUACUAGCGAAUGCAGCCGUGACAGAGAUCUGUAAACUCGUAGACGACGACUAUGCAGUGUUUCGUUUGGAAAUUUCUCAAAGUCAGAAAGAAAACAGGGCUUUGCGGAGGAAACUACAGCUACAAGAACUGAAGGUAUCACGGGAGCGCGCACUUGCCAGUCGUCCCAGUGGUGUCAAGAUCCUCGACCGAUACAGAGGAAUAGCAAGAGGUGAAGGACAUCUCACUGGAGGCCACAGAAGUUUUGUGAAGCCAGCGGGAUGCAAUACAUGGAGAGAUGACCAACCAAUCACGGUUGUUGAGGGAAGUGGAACCUCAUCCCAGCAUGUUAUGGUGAUAGAGUCUGCAGAUGCAGAGGCUGCAGGUCCUGGGGUCAAGCAGGAGAGAUCUGCAGGAGAGGAGGACCCACGGUACUGCAGAGAUAUCCAGACUGAAGCGCCCCCUGUAGCCACAGAAGACCCUGUCACCACCCCAGCACCGCCCAGGACUCGACACAGCAUCACGGAGAGGAGGAGGGUCCAGAGGUGCUGCUGGUGAAGGAGGAGGGGUAUGAGGAGGGUCUGGAGAACCCUGAUGGAACAAUGGACAUGGAGGACAACCAGACUACACCUCCUCCUGAACCCACAGAGGAACCAGCUGAGCAGCACAGGACCACACACAGUCUAACUGAGUCAGUAGACAUGGAGGAUGGGAAGCCUGAUCUGCUGUUGGUCAAAGAAGAGACAAUAGAAGACGGACCAGAGGGCAUUGAUCUGCUGAGUGGACUAAAGAUGGGGGAGCAAGGUGGUUGGCUAGAGGCUAAUAGAGGAGACUGGGCGACCAUCUUGGAUUCCCAGACAGAUGCAGCCAAGGGCCCAGGGAACAUCAUCACUGAGCAGGCCACAACCAGAGGUGACUUGGUGGAGUCUACAGUCCAUGAGGACCUGCUGAUUUCCGGUGUUGCUGGAAGGAGAGACUGGAUCUCUGAGGUGGCUGGACACAAACCCUGGCCCCGGAUCAGGACACUGGAUCAGGAGCCGUCACAGUUUCUUCUUGAGUCGGAACCAGGUCCCAACCGCGAGGGACAGAGACUCCUCCACCACCACACAGAACACAACCAGUGGACAAGUGGACUGAACAACCUCAGUCCUGGUGGUCAUCAGAGAGACAGAGGCUCCAGUCAGGGAUCCAGUCUGCAGCCCAGACCCUUCUCUUCACAGUCUCAGUGCAGGGAUGAAGCAGGGCCUGGGGCUGAUAGAGAUAGACCCUCCUGUUCCUAUGAUACAAACACCACUGUAUCCAUGAUGAACAGAGCAGGUUACCCUGGGCUUCAGCCUUCACAGAGAGCAGUGGGAGACGCCCCUGGUGGUAGUCUAUCAGCAAGUCUGUCUUCUCCUUCAGGGUCUCAUCUAAUGCCUGGUGACUGGAUUCAUAGACAGCCUGGACCUGGGUCCAGCCUUCCUGGUGAUGGUUACCCCACAAAUACAGACAGGGUCAGGAUGGGCGUUCAUCACAAGAGGUACCUAGCCUAUAACACGGCAAACAAUCUCAACACCCAAACAAUGGCUAGAGGUCAAGGAGGGAGCUCAAAGACUAACCACCUGAGGGCGGUGGCUCUUGCUUCUAUCUCCUCUGGUGUCAUUGGGUCACAACGUGAGAGGCCGAGCAUUAGUACCGACGCCGACAAGCCCUACUCCUGCCCCACGUGUGGGAAGUGCUUCGCUAGGGCAAACUAUUUGAAGGAGCACCAGACCGUUCACACCAAGGAGAGGCCCUUCAAGUGCAAACUAUGUUGCAAGAGCUUCUCCUUCCUGACUAACCUUACCAGACAUAAGAGUGUCCACAACGGGAAAAAUGUGUAGCUGUGUGGUUUGAGGUGUACACAGGGGAUGUCUGGGAAUUAUUCUUCAGCUGACAUAUUAUAGUUAUCAUGUGAAGUGUCUUGGGAUAAGAAGGUAGUUAACCACAUACCCCUCAUUAACCCUUUAUUAACAUGUCAUGUUCUGAAGCAACGUGUUGAAGUUGCCUGAAGGAAACGUGAAGUCAACUGUGAAAGACUGGCAGGAAGUGUUAGUUACAUGCAUGAGAGAACCAAUGGGCAGCCUCGGGAGGAGAUCGUUGAUGUCACUCGCUCUCGGAGCUGCGGGGUCUUUUCCUCUGCUGAGGGGGAGACGAGGGCCAGCUGAGGGGGACCUAUUGGACUGGUGCUCACCCCUGCCCCUCCGUAUCCAGCGUCUCUGUUCUCAGGGGGACGGUCCGGCCUCUUGGGGGGUCCGACCAUUUUGCGGUUCUUCUUGGAACAUAUCCAGGCUGUUUCACAUCCGGCCGUGAUUGGGAGUCCCAUAGGGCGGCGCACAAUUGGCCAAGCGUUGUCCGGGUUUGGCCGGGUUAGGCCGUCAUUGGAAAUAAUAAUUUGUUCUUAACUGACUUGCCUAGUUCAAUAAAUUAUAAUAUUUUUUUUUUUAAAUGAAACGUGCUUGUGUAAAUACCUGUUUUUAGUGAUUGUAAACCUAGGCUAGAACAAGGACAGUUGCAUAUUUACCUUACUGAGGUGAUGUAGAUAGAAUAGUCAUUCUACUCUAUUCUUGCUAACACACUGUUCGUUCUAAACAAAUCUGCUCUCAGCUUCAAAGAUACUAAUCAUAGGAGAUUUUAUGUGUAAUCAGUGGUGGAAAAAGUACCCAAAAAUUAUACUUGAGUAAAAGUAAAGAUACCUUAAUAGAAAAUGACUCAAGUAAAAGGCACCCAGUAAAAUUCUACUUGAGUGAAAGUAUAAAGGUAUUUGGUUUAAAAUAUACUUAAGUAUAAAUCAUUUCAAAUUCCUUAUAUUAAGCUAAACAGAUGGCACAAUUCUUGUUUUUAAUUUAAAUACGGAAAGCCACAGGAACACUCACACAUUCAGACAUAGUUUACAAACAAACCAUGUGUGUUUAGUGAGUCCGCCAGAUCAGAGGCAGUAGGGAUGACCAGGGAUGUUCAGUUGAUAAGUGCGUGAAUUUGACCGACUAUUUUCCUGUCCUGCUAAGCAUUCAAAAUGUAACGAGUACUUUUGGGUGUCAAGGAAAAUGUAUGGAGUAAAAAGUGCCUUUGUUGCAUUUAAUCACAAUUUUAUUUCAGCGGGCUAUCUCUUUGAAAUAACUUCUCAGCCUAUUCACAAUAAUAUUGGGCUGAAUGCUGAUAGGGGAAACUUGCUGAAUGAUCAGAGAAAGGAUAGUCAAAGCUUUUCUUUUAGACUAUUUACAGAAAAAUAAGUCCUGGGUGCUUUGCUGGCAAUCGACAACAAGAAAUCCACAGGGGCCAACCAAUUGGAUCCAGGUCUACUUAGGUUUGCAGCGCCCAUCAUUGUUGGCUCAAUAACCGACAGUUUUUAUUUAACGUUUAUCGGGAAAUAUUACACAAGUAUGUAAAUCAGCUCUUGUGCCAGGAUAGUAGUUAUCUUAAUAUCACCCCAUUUCAAGCUUCCUUGUCUAGCUAAGAUUCUUGAAUCCUUGGUAAAUGUACAACUUUGCUAUUUUCUAUCUGAGAAAUGUAUUUUGAAUGUAAACCAAUCAGGGUUUAGGCCUGGGCAGAGCACUAUUACAGCAACCACUUUAGUUAUGGAUCUUGUCAAUGCUUUAGACACAAAUGAAUGUGCUGCUUUGUUUGUGGACCUGUCAAAAGCUUUUGACACUGUUGAUUAUGCCAUUUUAUUGAAUAAGUUGUCAUCGAUAACCAGGCGUCAGAACUCAGGCCUAUCUUAGUGACAGAACUCAGGCCAUCGUGAUUGAUGAGGUUAAGUCUGAAUUUCUUGAGGUACAUAAGGUGUACGUACCACAGGAGUCGAUUUUGGGACCUGUAUUCUUCACUAUUUAUAUAAACACCAUUGGUCAAUCUGUUAAGUUGUCAACUUCAUCUAUAUGCAGAUGAUACUAUUGUUUAUGCUAUUGCCCCAACUGUUGAUGGCUGUGUCAAAACUAAGGUCAAACUUUAUAGCUAUGCAGGAAUCCCUUGCUGAUUUAAAACAUGUGCUUAAUGGGCAAAUACAGUGCAUUCGGAAAGUAUUCAGACCCUUUGACUUUUUCCACAUUUUGUUACGUUACAGCCGUAUUCUAAAAUGGAUUAAAUAAAA